UCAAUAAUACAAUAGGGCUCUUGUGCCGCCGCCGCCUGGCCUGCCAGGAGGGAGAUUGCAAGGGCAAGGGCCUGCGAGCACGGAAGAAAGCAGGGGCGCGCACACGAUGAAGGGGGAGGCCGGGUCGUAGCCAAGCCAAAGCUCCGAGAAGGAAAUGAGCAGCACCAAGUAGUAGUCGCAGCAGCAGCAGCCCCGGGCCCUGGCGCACGCACACGCCGCCGCCGCCCGCGCCAGAGCCACAAGGAUGCGUCAGGAUGAAACGCCACAGGCAUCUAAGCACCAGUGACAGUUCAGACAAUGAAAGUCCUUCCACUUCUUUUUCUUCUUGUUCCAAGUACAGGAGUAAAUCAAAAACUCCAUCGAAUGAACAAAAGAAACCCGCUGAGGUGUUUAGAAAAGACCUCAUUAGUGCCAUGAAACUUCCAGAUUCUCAUCAUAUUAAUCCAGAUGAAUAUUACCUCUUUGCUGACACAUGGAAACAAGAGUGGGAAAAAGGUGUGCAGGUACCAGCCAGUCCAGAUACUAUUCCACAACCUUCUCUAAGAGUUGUAGCAGAAAAGGUGAAAGAAGUACUAUACACACGUCCCAGGAAGUAUAUUCGUUGUUCAAGCCAAGAAUCCUCCGAGCCAGGUUACAUCAACAUUUUGGAACUGGCAGAAUCAAUGUGCCGUUAUGACUUGGAUGACAUGGAUAUUUUCUGGCUCCAGGAAGUAAAUGCAGAGCUUGCUGAAAUGGGGUGUGGGCAGCUUGAUGAGAACACAAUGGAGAAAAUGGUGGAAGUCCUGGAACGUCAUUGCCAUGAGAACAUGAACCAUGCUAUUGAGACAGAGGAAGGGCUGGGUAUAGAAUAUGAUGAAGAUGUCAUCUGUGAUGUGUGCCGAUCUCCUGAUAGCGAAGAUGGGAAUGACAUGGUGUUUUGUGACAAGUGCAACAUAUGUGUUCAUCAGGCUUGUUACGGAAUCCUAAAAGUUCCUGAAGGGAGUUGGCUGUGCCGUACUUGUGUCCUUGGAAUACACCCUCAGUGUCUUCUGUGUCCAAAGAGAGGUGGUGCCAUGAAGGCUACCAGAACCGGCACCAAGUGGGCACAUGUCAGCUGUGCGCUCUGGAUUCCAGAGGUGAGCAUCGCUUGCCCAGAAAGGAUGGAACCAAUUACAAAAGUGUCUCACAUUCCACCGAGUAGAUGGGCUUUAGUCUGCAGCUUAUGCAAACUUAAAACUGGUGCUUGUAUUCAGUGCUCUGUGAAGAGCUGCAUCACUGCCUUUCAUGUCACAUGUGCCUUUGAGCAUAGUCUAGAGAUGAAAACAAUCCUGGAUGAUGGUGAUGAGGUCAAGUUCAAGUCAUACUGCCUAAAGCAUAGCAAAACCAAGCAAAGCCUGUUGCCUGAGUCAGACAACCACCCCAAGAGCACAGUGGACCAGAAGCAAACUGAAAGCGAGAAGACCAGCUUGCGUGCUCAGAAACUUCGAGAGCUGGAGGAAGAGUUCUACUCGCUAGUGAGAAUAGAAGAUGUUGCAGCCGAGCUAGGCCUUCCAAAAUUCACUGUGGACUUGAUCUACAACUAUUGGAAACUGAAACGGAAAAGUAACUUUAAUAAACCAUUAUUUCCUCCCAAGGAGGAUGAAGAAAACGGCUUGGUUCAGCCAAAAGAAGAUAGUAUUCAUACUCGAAUGAGGAUGUUUAUGCACUUGAGGCAGGAUCUGGAAAGGGUACGGAAUCUUUGCUACAUGGUAAGCAGAAGAGAGAAGUUAAAACUGUCACACAGCAAGGCGCAUGAGCAGGUUUUCAAUCUGCAAGUUCAGCUUAUUAAUCAAGAAAUUGCUGCAGGCCAUUCUCUGACAAGUGCAGUGGAGAAUACACUAUUUUACCCACCUCCUAGAAUCACCUUAAAGCUAAAGAUGCCAAAAUCAGCUUUAGGAGAUUGCAAAAAUAACUUGAAGCCAGGGAACAAGCCCCUUUCUCCUGAUAACAGUACUUCAGUUUACUGCAAAAGGGGUAUUCCAUUUCCCAAGGAGCCUUUUGUUUCAAAUAUGAAAUCCUACUCAAGGUUUCAGCAUGAAAAUAGAAGUAAUGGUUUACUUGGAAGGAUUGUCAAGUCUAGGAAUGAAGCAAGAGAGUCUGGCUUGGCGCAGUCCUCAGACUUCCAUCGCGGACAGUUGUCCGGCAAACCUUUAGCACUUCAAGCUGCAUUGCAUGGACAGUCUUCCAUUGGGAAUGGGAAAAUGCAACAGAGUUCUAAACUAGCAAAAUCUAAUGGCUUAAUGAACAGAUGCGGUGACAUAUCUCAGCGAGAUAGCUCCAGCCAAACAUGUGAGCAGCAGUCUGUUCUCUCCGGACAUUUGGCUAGCCAGAGCAGCUUCAGGAAAUCCACAAUAGAGCACUUCAACAGGUCCUUCAAAGAGGCAACCAACAGCUUGGUGAGGACCACAGAAGACCUCAGAUGCUGUGAAAAGCCUAUAAGAAGGCUUUCAAUGAGAGAACGUUCGUGGGGCAAGCAGACACUUGAACAUCCAAUGGGCAGCGCUCCUUACCAGGACAAUGAUGGAUAUUGUCCUGAUUUAGAACUCAGUGACUCUGAACCUGAAAGCGAUGAGAAUAAAGGGCAAGUCAAAUUAAAGAGAAGCAGCUCAGAGAGAGAAAGCCCAAGUAAAGACUUCAGUAGAGACUGUCACAGUAGAAACAAAAGAAGUUUGAUUUCUCACAGUUCAGUACAAAGAUGAUUAGAAACCCCUGAUCACAAAAAUGGCUCAGCCCUUGUGUAAUUAGAAGUAUUGGCAUAAACCAUGGGAUUUAGACUUUGAGCAAAAGAUGUUCUCACCUAACAGUGAAUCAGCUUGCUAUUUAGAUAAAUUGUUAAUUGGAUUUUAUGAGGUCAGUGUGAUUAUAACUAAAGACUGCUUGCAUAUUUGUGAAGAGGAUUUUAUAUGUCAGCUUCUUCAUAUGGCAAGGAAUGCUCUGGGCUUUGAACUGGUGUACAGGUAUUUCAAAAGCCCUAUUGUCAUUCUGUGACCAUUUGGAAGAACAUCUGACAGUCAUUGUUGCAGCUGCAAUACAAUCAGUUUAUUGGAAAACUUGAGCAGUUAAUUUUUAAAGGAAACUUUUCUGCUACUUACCUGUCAGCAAAAUUGGAUCAGAUUAUUAAUUUUGGGGGUGGGAGUGUACAUGACUACUAGAUGGAAAUCAUGUUCUCAGUGAGUUUUCAAACAAAGCAUGUGAUCCUAGAUAUUAACUUGAAAGUAAGGCUCAUUGAGUUAAAAUAGGGCUUAUUCCCAAGUAAACAUGGCUAAGAUCAGGAUCACAUAAUUUUUUCUCCUAACUUGCUGAAGAUUUACACACACUUUAGCCAAUGCUGCCAAACACACUGACCUCUAGAAUUUCCCCUUUAUAGUUUGCUCUUGCUGAAGAUUGUUUCCCUUGGCUUUAGCAACUUGCUGUAUUCUGUAAAUACUCUUUAACUUCUAGUAUUUUUUAAAUUGUUUUGUAAUCCUUGUGUAUAUAUAAAUAUAUAUAGCUUGUCGUGGGUUGCACUUGUAAAAUAUUUUACUUGGCCAUGCCAGUAUAGGUGGCUGAUAUGUGCAUAGUGUUUAAUACUAGAAGUCCUUAAGAAUCUCUUGAUAUAUUCAGGCAAUCACCGGUGAUGCCAGAUCCUCUUUUGUCAGCUCAGAAAGCUUUUUUACAUGAACCACCUCAUUUUCACUUUUUUUGUUUCUCAGCUAGCAAAUACUUUCGUCCGGUUUCUGAGCCAAAACAUUAAAACCUCUGUGUGCAAAUAAGUUUGUUGGUUUCCAAGUAAAGUAGACAGCCGUGGUAAUCAGAAUGGGAAAUGUUUAUGCUACUGUGUCAUUUGAUUUGAUUUGCAAGAAAAUGCUGUUCACAACUGCCCACCUUUGAUUUUUAAGUGGAAUGAAUUGGUUUUAGUGUGCAAAAAUUGCUUCAUUAAUGGACUAAUCACAAUUGUUGCUUGAAAUGCUGCCAUCUGAAGCAAAAGUAUUUGGGUGCACUUUGAAACCUGAUUAUUAAGGUGUAGCAGGGACAAAUGAGAAUAUUUCUUUGCAAACUAAAACUCUGAUGCAUUAUGUUGGGAAGAGAAAGGAAAUAAAAUGAACCUGACUGUCCUGCUUUGCUUCAUGCAAUCUUAACGUUUGCUUUGUUUGUUUUUUCUGCUAUGUCAUAUCUUUUUCAAAGUGGUUUAUUUUAAGACAUUUCCAUUUAUGUGAAUAGGCAGCAGCUUUUUAAAAAGUUUCUGUGUUUUCCUUUUUGAGAAAUUCUUGGCCUUUAAGUUGUGAGCCAUUCAGAAUGGUGCUAAAACGUUCUCUCCCUCGUAUGAGAGUUCUAGUUCUCUUUUUAAAAUUGUAUUUAUUAACCAUUUUUACUGGUCAUGUGAGUAUGUGGAAGAACUUGGGAACAAUUCCUCGGGCCAGGAGGAAGAAACUCACAAUCGUAUUUCAAGCUGAAUGGCAUGAAUAAAAUACAAAGAGUGGUAAAGUGUGCUUCAACGAGAUUGCAGAGUUUUGCAAAUGCAAGGGGGAUGAUUAAAAUAACUUCCCAGGCAAUAGUGGGUUUUUAAUUAUUUUUACAUAAUUUUAAUAGAUACAUGAAGGAGCCUUCGGCUGUAUAGCUCUCAAGUAUGUUUCUCCAAAGUGUAUUUGCUAGUUUUUCAGUGUGUUCAGUGGCUAACUCUUAAAGUAUUACCUCUUAACCUAAUUUGUUUUGUUUUCUUGUUUUGCUUUAUACAAAUAUAUAUAUUCAAUUUUUUCAAAAAUGGACUGUCUUUUUUAGACGUCCCCUUUUUACAAUGCUUUUUUCAUUAAAUUAUGGAACUGCUAACCAUA